AUGGAGAACCAGCAGAUUGUCUUGAGUAGCCGGGACAGUGGGUCUGUGUCUGGUGCAGCCCCUGCUUUUUUUGUCAUCCUGAAACAGCAGCAGGGCAACGGGAAGGCCGACCAGGGGAUCCUGGUGGCCAACCGCGACGCCUGCGCGCUCGCCAGCAGCGUUUCCGCUCCCAUGGAGUCCAAGGCCAGGACCUGCCUCCCGGCCGACUGCGUCUCGGGGGGCAUCACCGUCACCCUGGACAACAACAGCAUGUGGAACGAGUUCUACCACCGCAACACGGAGAUGGUGCUGACCAAGCAGGGCAGGCGCAUGUUCCCCUACUGCCGCUACUGGAUCACGGGUCUGGACGCCUGCCAGAGGUACAUCCUGGUCAUGGACAUCUCCCCCGUGGACAACCACCGCUACAAGUGGAACGGCCGUUGGUGGGAGCCCAGCGGGAAGGCAGAACCCCACGUUCUCGGGCGAGUGUUCAUCCAUCCAGAGUCCCCUUCCACUGGCCAGUACUGGAUGCACCAGCCGGUGUCCUUCUACAAGCUCAAACUUACCAACAAUACCCUGGACCAGGAGGGCCACAUCAUCCUUCAUUCCAUGCACCGUUACCUGCCACGGCUUCACUUGGUGCCCGCAGACAAAGCCACAGAAGUCAUUCAGCUCAACGGCCCCGACGUCCAUACUUUUACUUUCCCACAGACGGAGUUCUUCGCGGUUACAGCCUACCAGAACAUCCAGAUUACCCAGCUGAAAAUAGAUUACAAUCCUUUUGCAAAAGGGUUCAGAGAUGAUGGGUUGAAUAGUCGGCCUCAGCGCGAUGUGAAACAGAACCGUAACUCAGGGUUGGAAGGAGGUGGAGUUUUUAGUGCUGCUAGUAUUUGUGGUCGCCCCGCUGAAGCGGAUGCGUUGGAUUUACAUCAGAGAAGUUUAGGUUCCUCUGUCAGCCAUCAGAACCCAACAGACACUGAUCUGCACAAAGAGUCCUUUAAUGCAGAAAGGGACUUCCUGGGUUUCCUGGACACUGACCUGCCUUCGGAUAACAUGCCAAAGCUAAAACAAGAAGCCUCUGAAAG